AUGGAAGAUGAGGAUUCUCCAUGGGUUCCUAUCUGGUUGACUUUGCCUGGUUUACCUCCCAAUUAUUUUCAGGAAUCAAUGUUACGUAGUAUUGGGAAUGGAUUUGGUUGUUUCUUGAAGCAAGAUAAUGCUAUGACAUGUGUAACUCACCCUGAGGCUGUGCACAUAUGUGUGGAAAUUGGCGUUUCCCAACCUUUGCGGAAUUCUUUUUGGCUAGGUCCACCAGGGCUUGCGACGAGCCACUUUCAAGAGGUUGUCAUCGUUUCUAUUCCAUCCUUCUGUGUUUUUGGUAGGAAGCAAGGUCACUUGGAGGAUGGGGUGGUGUUUGAUGCGUGUAUGGAAGAUUGCAGAGCAGAGUCAUCAACGGUAUUGUGUGCAGGGACGGAUGUGGUUCAUGUUGGUGUGGGACCUUCGGAUGUGCUAUCCAUGGGGGUGGAUACCCAUGUAAAAGAAACGCCUUCGAAUAAAGAAGAAAUGGAUGAAGCAUUGGAAUUUGAGUUAGGUGGGCUGGGCGAUAGGGAUUUUUUUAAGGGGGAGGAUUUGAACAAUGUGGGCAUUGGGUACAAGACUGGGUCUGAGGGCGAGUCUGAGGAUGACUUGAAUGAGUUAGCGGCAAAGUCCUUUGAUUCUGAUCCCGAUAUGCAUGUUCCAUUGAAAAAAGUGAAAGGGCAAAUGGGCAAGAUGGAUGAAGUUGCCAUUUUAUAUAAUAAUGCUGAGGUGGGUGGAAAAAUUUGGCUUUUUUGGGCAGAGGAAUUAAAGUUUGAGUUGAUUUCAAUGUCGGAUCAAGCUUUGAGUGGAUGGUUUAUUCAUGGGAUGUGUCGGGUGCUUGCAACCUUUGUUUAUGCCAGCGGUUUUAGAGUCAAAUGGUUGGAUCUUAGGGAUUUUUUGAAGGGGAAAAACUCUUGUGGACUCCCUUGGUUCAUUGUGGGGGAUUCCAAUAUAAUUAGAAAUGAUAGUGAAAAGGUGGGUGGGCUGUUGCAGGCCUCUCGUGCGAAGAGGGAGUUCAAUGAUUGCAUUCAUGAGUGUACUUUGGUGGAUCUGCCUUGUGAAGGUAACCGUUUGUCAUGGUGUAAUGGGAGGCUAGGUGGUAGACAAAUUUGGCCUCGGAUGGAUGGAGCACUAGUGAAUUUGCAUUUUUUGAGCUGCUUUGGGAAUGUUUCGGUUUCAUAUUUGCCUAGAACCUCUUAUGAUCAUGCACCGAUGCUGGUGAAGUUGGUUCGAGAGGUGGUAUUGGUUGCUCGGCCUUUCAGGUUUCUUCGUAUGUGGGGCUCCCAUGAGGAGUUUAUUCCUCUAGUGCAGUUGGUGUGGAAUUCCAAUAUUGAAGGGUGUGCUAUGUUCUGA